UGAAAUAUGCCUAGCCCCAACAAUGUGUCAAACACUAAAAGAUGGAACAUUCAAGGCUUGCCCUCAAAUUUUCGAACAAAUGUAUGUUAUUCACGGAUCAAUUAAACGCGGAACCGAUGAAAUUUUCGUACCAUUAGUAUUUGCUCUGAUGAAUGGUAAAAGUGAACAGCUAUAUAAUCAAGUAUUUUUUAUAUUAAAUGAAUUUUGCCUCGAAAACAAUAUUAAUAUUGCACGAACUAAUGACUUGGAAAUAAUAACAGACUUUGAAAAAGCGGCCAUAAAUUCUUCAACUGAAAAUUUUCCCCAAGCAACUCAUUCAACAUGUUUUUUCCAUUUAUGCCAGAGUAUUUAUAGAAAAAUUCAAAAUAUUGGGUUAUCGACGAAAUAUGCAAAUGAUCCUGAGUUCAAUCUUUUUGCUAGACAUUUACCUGCGAUGGCCUUUUUACCAGUUGAUAGGGUUUGUAUUAUAUUAUUGUAAUUUGCAUAGAUUUUAUUUUAUUGUAUUAUUUCUAUAUCUUUACAUUUAAUAUUUUAGGUUCAGGAAGGUUGGGCCAUAAUCAAACCAUUAUUUGGGAGCAAUGAAGAAGAACAAAGUCUAUUUAAGUAUUUUGAACAUUCAUACGUAAUGGGUAGACAAGUUAUGAAAACAAGAGGAAGACCAAGAAAAGAAUCAGUUUACACACCUCCACUUUUCCCUCUAGAAUUAUGGUCUGUAGCUGAAAGGUUAUCAUCAGGAUUGUCCAGGACGACAAAUACGGCAGAAUCCUGGCAUAGAAAAUUAAACAGAUUAAUAUCGCCACAUCCGGGUUUGUCUGAAAUCGAUAUUAUUAUUUAUCACUAAUUAUAUCAUUAAUUUUAUUAUUAUUUGUCGUAGGACUGCAUAAAUUAAUCAAAACCUUACAAUCUACUCAGAACGAAACUGAAGCAGUAAUUGAGAUGUUACUUUAUGGACGUAGUAAUAAAAAUAUGAAAAUUCAAGUAAAAUCCACAAUAUACGCUUAAAAGAAGUGCAACAAAGACUAUUAGCUGAUCCGGGUUAUGAUUUAUUAGAGUAUUUAAGAGGAAUAGCUCAAAAUUUAAAG